GCUGGCGGAGUCGAGGUAGACCCUUAGGUUUUUCGGUCAGUACAUCCUAGUUCUACUAUGAGUGGGCUCGGUGCGAGCGCAGCGGCGGGGGCAGUCGGAGGAGCAGCCGCCGGUGCAGCCGCGGGGUUGGGGGUAGAUAUGGACGUCUCGCCGGCUCCAGCUACAGUCGCCGACAUCAGAGACGGUUUUCGGCGGCAGCGUAGACGGACCGACACGGACGAGGACAGGCAGGAGCAGUUUGCACUAGAGCAGGAGACGGAGUGGAGGCGGACCUUGCAGCGCGAGCUGCAGCUCUCGAGUCUGGAGGGGGGUGUCCUCGAGAGCAGGACCGUCAUCGAGGGUUGGGUUAGCAGGGUUAGGGCUACGGCUGAGGAGGCGCGUGUGGCUCACGAGCAGGCUGUUGCAGAGGCAGCGGCGCUACAGGCAGCACGUGAGCAGUUUAGACAGGAGACAGAGCAGCAGCAGCAGCAGCAGCAGCAGCAGCAGCAGCAGCAGCAGCAGCAGCAGCAGCAGCAGACGCAGCAGCAGCCACAGCAGCAGCCACAGCAGCAGUCGCAGCAGCCGUUUGGUGCCACUGCUGACAGGGACAGGGCAGCUGUGUAGGUGGGCAGAGCAGGCGCGUUACGCAGGGGUUCCGCCACAGGUGCUGGACUACAUCUUGCAGCCGCGUACUCCGCCGACGGGGGUGUCUGCCGGGGUCUGGGAGCAGUUUCGGGUGUGCAGAUUUUACCUACUACCGAAACUGCACAAGACCCCGGUGGCUGGCAGACCCAUCUGCUCGUCUACGCUUUGGGUCUUUGAGCACGCCUUCAGGACCUCUCUGUGCCUGCUGACGCUCUCUUCCUCACUUACGACGUAGAGAGCCUCUACCCGUCGAUUCCUAUCGACGCAGGUAUCAGCUGCAUAGAGAGGUGGUUGUUUCGGCUGACGAGAGGCUGUUAGAGACCGAGCCAGAGUUGUCGCAGUUCGUCCUUCUCCACCGCAGGUUUAUAGACGACGGGGUGGUUAUUUGGACGGGUACACGUGAGCGGCUCCUGGACUGGGUGCGGGCUUUCGGUGGGUUGGAGCAGACUAUUCGGUUGACCCACGAGAUCUCGACCUCACACUUUACCUUGCUGGACAUUA